AUGUAUUCCCCUCUCAUUCUCGAAAAGUUCGUUGGUAAUGGCGACACUACAGGGAAGAAACUAGAGCUGCUGUUUAUAGGAUGCGAAGCAAAACCACCGUACGGACCUCAUGAACAUACAGCCAAUCUCUUUCUACAACUGAUUGUUCGGGCAUUGGAAUCUUGUACCACAACGACUACCAAGGUCGUCAUUCAUGUAUAUUCCACAUCUCAAGGAAAUUAUCCUAGUAAAGAUGCUUUAGAGAAAUGUGACGGCGUCAUUUUACCAGGAUCCUUCAAUUCAGCCUAUGACGAAGACGAGUGGGUCUUGCAGUUGAAGGAAUGGAUUCAGACCGAAUUGGUAGCCAAAGAGCGCAAGACACUCGGAGUCUGUUUUGGUCAUCAAUUAUAUGCUCACUCGUAUGAGCAAGGACAGGCCACCAAAUGUGGGGCGGGACCACAAGCCGGACGGAAAUCGAUCACUUUGACAGAAGAUGGCAAGAAGUUGUUGUGUUCUGAGGAGACUUCCAAAGAUUCAUUGAACUUGUAUUAUACUCAUGGGGACAUGGUACAAAAAUUGCCUUCACAAGCAUCCAAGCUAGGUGGUAAUGAAAAGGUUCCCAUCCAAUCUGCAAUCUACUUUGCCAACGCUUCGCCGAGCAAGAAACCGAUUGCCAUUACCUUUCAAGCGCACCCUGAAUUCGGUUGCGAUCGGCAGUUGGGCAUGGAGAAAACACUUUACGAAAUCAUGGAAGUUAUGAAGAGCCGAGGAGAUUUAUCAGAAGGUGAUUGGGAACAAGCCAAGGAGGAUGCGGCAGCCAAAUAUGAAGCAGUAGAAAGUGAUAGCAUCGGCGUCAUGAUUGCUGUCGGAAAAACCUUUGGUUGGUUUUAG